ACGGCAACAGCGGGGAGGGGGAGCGAUGACAAACGCGAGAGCCACAUUGACGUGAGGAGUGCGGAACACCCCAAAAGCUCCGCUGUUCACUUCUGGCUCAGGAGCUUGGCCGCGGCUGAGGUGAUCGGGGGCAACUAUGUAUUGCAGGCCUGUUUGCUGUAACCGGUGGUCAUCUGAGGAGAGGCUUGAUGGCCAAACUGUCAUCAUCACCGGAGCAAACACCGGGAUUGGCAAGGAGACAGCCAGGGAUCUGGCCCGGAGAGGUGCUCGUAUAAUUAUGGCCUGCAGAGACCUGGAGAGGGCAGAGGAGGCCCGGGCCGAGAUCUUGGAGGACACAGGAAAUGAGAAUGUGGUGACCAGGAAAUUGGAUCUGUCUGACACCAAGUCCAUUCGAGCAUUUGCCGAUCUCAUCAUCAAGGAGGAGAAGCAGGUGAAUAUACUCAUUAACAACGCUGGCAUCAUGAUGUGUCCUUAUUCCAAGACUCUGGAUGGAUUUGAGAUGCAGCUGGGAGUCAACCAUUUAGGUCAUUUUCUCCUCACAUAUCUACUGCUGGACAUCAUCAAGUGGUCAACUCCGGCCCGGAUCGUCGUGGUGGCCUCAGUCGCUCACACUUGGACCAACCUUCGUCUGGACGACAUCAACAGCGAGCGUAGCUAUGAUCCCAUGAAGGCUUACGGUCAGAGCAAGCUUGCCAACGUCCUGUUUGCACGCUCGCUCGCCAAACUGCUGCAAGGCACUGGUGUGAGUGUGUUCUCCUUGCACCCGGGGGUCGUGCAGUCGGACCUGUGGAGGCACCAACACCAGUGCAUCCAGGUGGCAGUAAAGGUCUUCAGAAUUUUCACCAAGACACCGGUGGAGGGGGCUCAGACCACCAUCUUUUGUGCGGUGGAGCCUGGUCUGGAGAGUCGGAGUGGCGAAUACUUCAGUGACUGUGCUCCUGCCCGCUGCUCCACUGCUGCUUCUGACGACGCUCUGGCCCAAAGAAUGUGGGAUAUCAGCUGUAACAUGCUCGGCAUCACCUGGAAGUAAUGACUGGAGUGAACCACAAAUGGCACCAUCACUAUUCAAACAGCACUGCUAAGCACUUUCAUCAGAGCAAUAACGCUGCAGUUAAUGUUAGUGUACAAUAUGUAGUCUAGUGCAAGUCGCUGCCCGGCACCGCAUCAGUUUUCUGGGAGCGAUAAGAGUCACACUGCCUUCGUUGGAUAUUGCAGGUCUUAAAUAGAUAGUGUACAGGAACUUAUGAAAAUGUGGAAAGCAAUCACCACCACCUUUUUUUCGGUGUAAGGAGAAGUUUUUGUUCUCAAAACAAUGAAGUGUAUUUUUAAGGGACUGUAAAGUAAAAAUGCUUUCUACUUUGUUCAAACUGAGAGAUCAGCUAUACCUUCAUGGUUAAAGGAUCCAAGCCUGUUUGCUGGUGUUUGCCAGUAGCUGUUUGUUUUGGAACUAGAUGGUUUUGUACCCCCUUGUGAAUUCCCUAACAGAUUAAGAGACUAUUUCAAGAACCUCAUCUUUGGUUUGUGGGAGUGUCAGCCCACAGAUAAACAAAUACUCAACUUGUAGACACUUUUUUGUGAUUACAUUUUAAUGCAUUUUCCCAAAAUGUUCAAGGAUAGACAUGUCCCUACCAAGAGGUGUUAAUCCAUGUGUAAAACAGAUCCACCAUAUACUAACUAAGCCAUGAUAUAUUGUUGAGUAGAUUGUAAGGUUUGGCCGCAGUUCAAAUUAGGUAUUUUAUCAGGUAGAACCGUUCAAGUUCAUUCAUUUUUUUUUG